GAACUUGUGUGUGUACCUGCCAGUGUGAUUGUGUGUGCGUGCCUGCCAGUGUGAGUGUGUGUGUAUGUGUGUGUGUGCCUGUGAGCAUGAGUGUGUGUGUGCCUGGGAGCACGAGUGUGUGUGUGCCUGUGUGUGUGUGCCUGCAAGCGCGCGUGUGUGUGUGUGCCUGCAAGCAUGUGUGUGUGUGUGUGCCUGGGAGCGCGAGUGUGUGUUAGGGGCUUGGGUUUCAGCCCUCCCAUGCACCUCCAGUGCACAUGUGCUGUCACUCAUCCUCCCAGCACACAUCCUGGUGAGAGAGAGGGGUUCACGUAUGAGACAUUUGGCUCUGUUCGCCCGUCCUGCCAGGAACACCGUGUGCCCCUCAGACAGCUCUGCGGCUAGACUCCCCGUUCUGCCCUGCCAGGAAGUUUUUGGAGGGGUAGAGAGUGUCGGAAGUGGAAGCAGAAAAUGGCCAUCGGGUUUCAGACGUGGUUAUGUGUGCUGGUGGCUGUGAUUUCUCAGGUCAGCUGUGUCACCAAGACGGGGCAGCAGGAUCCAAACCCAGCUGUUUUGUACCCAUGGAGACGGGGGACAGGGGGCAGGGCAAUCACGGGCCUCAGCAGAGUCAAAAGAGACUGGAUCAUUCCCCCCAUCAGAGUCUCCGAAAACAGCAAGCAGGUCCCUGAAUACCUGGUCCAGAUCAAAUCAGACAAGGUUUUCACCAGUGAGGUCAUCUACAAACUGGAAGGGCCAGGGGUAGACCAGGAGCCUAAAGACUUCUUUGAAAUUGAGGACCACACCGGAUGGAUCAAGAGCAAGAUGCCCCUCGACAGAGAAAAACACAGCAGUUUCAAGCUCAAAGCCUUUGCCCUGUCACCAAGUGGAGAGCGACUGGAGAGCCCGUCGACCAUAGAGAUUGUGGUGUUGGACCAGAAUGACAACAGGCCAGACUUCACCCAGAAACAAUUUGUCGGAUAUGUCCCAGAAUUCUCUAUACCUGGUACCGCCGUCACAAAUGUGUCGGCGACAGACGCUGACGACCCAGCGACGGAGAACGCAGCGCUGAGCUACUCCAUCAUCCGGCAGGAGAGCAUCCCCCCCCUCCGCGUCACCAAGACCAUGUUCGGCAUCAACAACCAAACGGGGACGAUCUACACGCGGGACGUGGGCCUGGAUCGAGAGGAGGUGAAGGCCUUCAAACUGACGCUGCAGGUGGCUGAUAUGUCCGGAGAGGGACUGUCAGAUGUGGCUUCUGCUCUCAUACACGUCUCAGACAUCAAUAACAACGCUCCUCAGUUUGUCUCUGACCACUACACAAUGAUAGCUGUGGAGAACAGAAUUAAGGAGGAGAUUGGCAGAGUCAGUUCAACUGACAACGAUGAACCAAACACAGAAAACUGGAGAACUAAGUAUACCAUCGCCCAAGGGGACAUGAAUGGGCACUUUUCUGUCCGAACAGACCCCACCACAAAUGAGGGAAUUAUAUCUGUGGUGAAGCCUCUGGACUAUGAGUCUCAGAAGGAGCAUCAGCUAAUCCUGACCCUCGAGAACGAGGCUCCACUCAGUUCCAAGGCACCCCAGGAGGCCGCCAGCAGUGCCACGGUAACCAUCAUAGUAACCAAUGAAAACGAGGCCCCGCGCUUCAUAAAAGACCCAAUCAGGUUGGAGGCCCUGGAGUCAGCUGCUCCAGGAACCACACUGGCCCAAGACAUUGCCUUUGACCCUGACAAUGCAAAGCUGAGAUAUGAAGUUGAGUAUGACCCUGAGGAGUGGCUCUCAGUAGACCCUGAAACUGGAGAAAUCAGAACCCAAAAGGCAUUCAACCUGCGGUCACCCCAUGUUAAAAACGGCAUAUACCAUGCUGUAAUCAAAGUUACAGACACUGACCUGGGCGGUGUCUCCGCCACAGCCUCCGUGGAGCUCACGCUGCAGGAGACCAAUGACUUUGCGCCGCAGCUCUUCCCUCUUAGCGGCACCGUGUGCCGCAACUCUGCCCAUGCUGGCCUUCUCCUGAGUGCCAAAGACCAGGACCAGGCACCCCAAGCUGAACCCUUCGCCUUCCAGCUCAUUUCUGACUUGGAGGGAGCCCUCAACUGGACCAUAGUCCAGGUCAACGAGACACACGCAGUCUUGCAAACUCUGACAGAGGUGGAGUCGGGCCUGUACUUUCUCCCAGUCUUAGUGUCUGAUGCAGGCACGCCCACUCUCUCCGCUGCCAGCGUGGUCAAUGUGACGGUGUGCCAUUGUGACCAGGCCGGUGAAUGUAAGGCCAUGGCGGCAGCAUUCCUCUCCACUAAAGUGGGACUCAGCUUCGCCGCCCUACUGGUCAUCAUCGGCAGCGUCCUGCUCCUGCUCUUACUGCUGCUCCUGGUGGUCGCAGUGGGGAACUGCAGACGGCAUCACUUACAGAAGGGAGCGCUUUUAGGAGGGGUGUCAGAUGAUGACAUUCGUGACAACAUUCUGAACUAUGAUGAGCAGGGCGGCGGAGAGGAAGAUGAGAAUGCAUACAACAUUGAGCAGCUGAGGAACCCCAAUGAGGUGAUCCCCCCUCCAGGCUCGGCCCUGCCUAAAGGGAAACAGCCUCUCCGAAAAGACGCCCCCCACAAUUUACCCUCCCCUGCCUACCCACGGAAAGCCCCAGGAGACCCCACUGACAUUGAGGACUUCAUCAAUGAUGGCCUGGAAGCAGCGGACAGCGACCCCAACGUGCCGCCUUAUGACACUGCGCUCAUCUAUGACUACGAGGGGGACGGGUCGCUGGCGGGCAGCCUGAGCUCCAUCGCCUCGGCCAGCUCGGACGGGGAUCACGACUACGACUACCUCAACGACUGGGGGCCGCGCUUCCAAAAACUGGCCGACAUGUAUGACCCACGUUAGAGAAGACGCCCAGACCAAACGUUCACCCCCUCGUCUCCCUCUGACAACCAGUUCCCCACCCUUACUGCUCCAAACCCGUCCCACCCCGCUCAGGAAAGGGCUGAACUCUUGGUCUUCCCAUCUGGAAUGAAGCAGGACUCACAGUUGAAGUGAUUGGUUAAUGCACAAUGCUUUUGCCCAUGAGGAUAAAGGUACACUGACAAAGGUCAAGUCCAGUAAGUGAUGGAAAUCAUAGGUGUUGCUUUUCAAGAAUCUGUUCAUUUUCUGAGAGGAGCUGAUGUGACCGCAACAUGCAUUGCAAUGACAUUCAGCGUGUUGUUGACGCGGUUUGGAAGAAGUUAGUCUUAUCUAAACCAUAUAGGUGUUUUGUGAUUUACAAUCUUACGAUUUGACAGUAAACUCAGUAAACUCAAGUGGUGGGAAGUCUUGGAUUGGAAGAUGUCCAAAAACAAUUGGAGAAGUUAUACAGGUGGGACAGAGGGGGCAAGGCAGGGAAGGGGCGAGGUGGGGCAGGGUUAGGUAGCCAAAAACCUGAAGCCAGACUAGCGAGGAAUGGGCAGAGAGGGCUGGUGGAGAUUCAGCAUUUAUUGAGGCUGAUUUUUUAAUACUGAAAUAAGUAUAGGGGACUGAGAGAAGCUCCUAAAAUCCCCAAUAAAUAAAUACAAGUAAAAAAAAAAAAGGAUUCAUUAAAGUUCACUGCUGCCAGUGCACGUGUAUGAAUAACUGAACGGGUUUACAUUGUUAAGUAAUGGUGACCACAAGGGCUAGGACACCUGAGUCAGGAGUUUGGAAUGCAGUCAAGUACUUAUAAACAAACAGUACUUAAACAAUAGUAGUGUUUAAGAGAGCUUGAGAAAGGGUAGAGAAAGUUGUUUCUGUGUGUCCUGCCCUCUUUGUUCUUUUGGAGUUUGGGAGAUAAAUCUUUGUAUUCAGAUUGAGGAAAGUAAUUCUGGAUAAUAUGAAGAAGAAGGGGAGAAAAGGUGAAAAGAACCGCCUUUGUCUUGGAAAAACGUAUCAUAUAUUUAUUGAUAUUUUCUUCAUUUUUAAUAUUUGUAUUCAUUCCAUUUUACCUAACAGUGCUCAAAGAACACAGACCACAAGCACUACAUGUGGUUUGUAGUAACGAUACAUUAGUAAGCCAUUUCAACAAACCUCCUAAUUGUAAUUAUUAAAUACUUCUAUCACUUGUUUUUAUAAAUGUUAUGGAAGUGUCUGUAUAUUUGAUUUAAAUGUCACAAAGGGAAAAGGAAAUGACACGUGAGCUUUAAUACUUUAGUACUUAUGUGUAAAGAGUUUGAGAAAAAUAGUGUAAAGAAAUUUCUCCUGAUUUAUGCCAGCCUUUGUGUCCAAUCACUUCUCUGUUUAAUGGAUUUAUUCAGUACUUGCACAACAAUCAGACUCCAGUUUAGCAAUCAUUUAUUAUGGGGAUUCAUGAACAUAUGAAUAUCCAAAAAUUGUAUGGUGAUGUCACGUGAACAUACAUACAAAAUAAAGUGGAAGGGCAUUUAUUUUCUGAAAAUUUAACAAAUUAUGUUCAGAGAAUUCUGAUUGUAUAAAUAUCCACAAGUAUGUCCAAUGUAUGAAAUCCUACCUUUUUCGAGUUUGUUAUAUAUGAACUACUCAGAAAUAUGUUUGUCUGUUUCUACAAAUUAAACUUAAAAUCUUGAUACAAUUUUUUUUUUUUUUUGAAGAUUUUUAAGUUUAAAAUCAAGGUUAAGGUUAUCAAAUUAUCUGUUACGUUUGUUUCUGUGUUUGUUUUUGUAACAGCACAUUGAGCCAUGACCAUUAUAAUACAAGUUUACAAUAGGA